GUGCUUGAACGAUGGACGUGGUCAAGGCAGUCGAGACCUAUGUCACGAAACUCAUCCAGACGCCUGCGGGGAUGAAGGUCCUCCUGCUGGACUCUCAUACGACACCGAUAGUUUCUCUCGCCUCCACACAGUCCGUCCUUCUCGCGCAUGAAGUUUACCUCACCGACCGGGUCGACAACCCCAAGCGGGAGCGCAUGGCGCACCUGAAAUGCGUUUGCUUCGUGCAAGUUAGCGACGAGAGCCUGGAAGCGCUCGAACGCGAGCUGCGCGAACCCAAGUACGGGGAGUACUACCUCUACUUCAGCAACAUCCUGAGCAAGAUGGCGAUAGAGCGCUUGGCCGAAGCCGACGAAUACGAAGUCGUCCGCGAAGUGCAAGAACACUUUGCCGACUACGCACCCUUGACGCCCUACCUCUUCUCGCUCAACCACACCCCGUCCGUCUCCCGGCCUUUAUACGGCUCCUCCCCCAAUCAAUGGGAUCCCGCCGCGCUCGAACGCUCCGUCCAGGGGAUCAUCGCCGUCCUUCUCAGCCUCAAGAAGAAGCCAGUCAUCCGGUACGAGAAGAUGUCCUCCAUGGCGAAGAAGCUUGGGGUUGAGGUUCAACAUCGUAUCAAGUCCGAACCCACCCUCUUCGACUUCCGGCCUACGCAAACCGCUCCGGUUCUCCUCAUCCUUGACCGGAGAAACGACCCCGUUACCCCGCUACUCUGCCAAUGGACGUAUCAGGCAAUGGUUCACGAGCUGCUCGGUAUCAACAACGGACGUGUGGAUCUAUCCCUUGUCCCGUCCAUACGGCCCGAACUGCAUGAGGUUACAUUAUCCCUCUCCACUGACGAAUUCUUCCGCGAUCAACACCUCGCUACAUUCGGCGAUCUCGGCGAACACCUCAAAGCCUACGUGCAAGCAUACCAGAGCAAAAGUUUGGCGCAGAGUCCGCAAAAUAUAUCGAGCAUCGCUGACAUGAAGAAGUUCGUGGAGGAGUACCCCGAGUUCAAGAAGCUGGGAGGAAACGUGAGCAAGCACGUCGCGCUUGUUGGCGAGUUGAGUAGGUUGGUUGCCAGAGACAAGCUGCUUGAGGUCGGUGAGGUGGAACAGGGACUUGCGACGGGAUCUGGCGCCGACUUGAAGAGCGUCCAAGCUGUCAUUUCAGACCCGGCUGUACCCUCACACAACAAGCUCCGAUUGGUUAUCCUGUACGCCCUACGGUAUCAGAAGACACAAGCGGCGAAUAUUGCGUCGCUCAUCAACUCGAUGCUUGCAAAUGGGGUUAAGCCGGAAGAUGCGCGGCUGGUGUACGUUAUCUUAAACACGUCCGGAUCGGAUCAACGGCAAGAUGACCUCUUCUUGAACGAAUCACUACUUGCGAAAGGUCGUUCGGUUCUCAAAGGCAUCAAGGGCGUCGAAAACGUGUACAUGCAACAUACACCACAGCUGUCGCAGACGCUCGAGAACCUAUUCAAGGCACGAUUGCGCGAAGCUACAUACCCGUUCUUGGAUGGCGCGGGACCGAACGCAGGGUUACAAAGACCGCAAGACGUGAUCGUGUUCGUAAUCGGCGGAACGACCUACGAAGAAGCACGCGCCGUUGCGCUCCUGAACCAAGACGUCCAAGCUGUCAUUUCAGACCCGGCUGUACCCUCACACAACAAGCUCCGAUUGGUUAUCCUGUACGCCCUACGGUAUCAGAAGACACAAGCGGCGAAUAUUGCGUCGCUCAUCAACUCGAUGCUUGCAAAUGGGGUUAAGCCGGAAGAUGCGCGGCUGGUGUACGUUAUCUUAAACACGUCCGGAUCGGAUCAACGGCAAGAUGACCUCUUCUUGAACGAAUCACUACUUGCGAAAGGUCGUUCGGUUCUCAAAGGCAUCAAGGGCGUCGAAAACGUGUACAUGCAACAUACACCACAGCUGUCGCAGACGCUCGAGAACCUAUUCAAGGCACGAUUGCGCGAAGCUACAUACCCGUUCUUGGAUGGCGCGGGACCGAACGCAGGGUUACAAAGACCGCAAGACGUGAUCGUGUUCGUAAUCGGCGGAACGACCUACGAAGAAGCACGCGCCGUUGCGCUCCUGAACCAAGAGUUCGCGAUUGGCUCAAACCCUAACGCGCCCGGGGGAGCCGCAAAUGCGGGCGCGCGCGUCCUGCUCGGCGGCACAUGCGUGCACAACUCCUCGUCCUACCUAGAGAUGAUGCGCGCAUCGGCGACGCGCUUCCCCACCUCGGUGUACGACCCUCCUCCGGAAUCGAGCACCGGCGCGACGAGCCUCCCCGCGUUGAACAUCAAUUUAGGCGGGGUCAACGUCAGUCUAGGCGGGGCGGCGGGGAGCGGCGUAUACAGGACCAGCGGAGAAGAUAGAGGCGUCAAUGCGGACGGUAUCAGGGACGGGAUGAAGAAUCUUUUCGGCAAGGUGAAGCAAGGGGUGGAUCAGAUCGGGUCGGGGCUGCGGUAGAGAUGGUCGUUGCGGCUCCCGCCAAGAUCUAUACCUUUUCUGGUGAGCCCCUUUUUUGCUGUCCACUAGCGCCUGAGCUGAACCGUACUGCACGUAGAAUGUACUCUAUGUGACGAAUAUAAUUCGCUUGGCAUGUGCCACCAAUUCGGCUUCGAUGACACCUGAUUUUGAUCCUCGC